AUGGACGACCCAGCAUUCGAUACCGAGACCGAUCUACAAACCCAAAGCAUACUACUUGCUGCCGCGAACCACGAUACUGCUUCGCUGCGCAACCUCCUCCGAAAUUCUUCUGCCAAUGUACAAGAUUCCGAGACAGGCUUCACACCUCUACACGCCGCAAUUGCCGCUUGCGAACCCGAUGAGGAUGAUGCGAAACAAACCAAUGGUAACUCAAAUGGGGACGCAGGCAAUGCGCCAGGAGAGUCUGGAGAAAUGGAUAGCGCCGUGAAGACAAUUAAAUUUCUUUUCGAAAAUGGCGCAAUAUGGAACGACUUGGAUUCGAAUGGCGAAACACCAGGAUGUAUAGCGCACAGACUCGGCUUGAAAGAGCUAUAUGAUCUAUGCGUAGACGCCGGCGUUCGUGCAGAAAUGCUACUGAAUCGUCUGGAGCAGUACCAACCUCUUGGAGACGACGAUUCGGACGAAGAGGAUGAGGAAGAAGAUGCACAAGAAGUGGGAGAAGAGGCAGAAACAGUAGAGACGGUCCAGGAAGAUGUACAAGGCGACGAAUCGACCGAGAAUCCAAACUAUCUUGCUUCAAAACUCACAUUUAAUCGCGACCGACUGCUAGACGAUUCAGGGAACGGCGUCAUGAUGGAAUGGGAAACAACCUUGAUGCGCAAAUCUGCCGAACUCCUAGCACCCAAAGAAGGUCUCCGGGUUCUCAAUGUAGGUCACGGAAUGGGCAUCAUCGAUGGAAUCUUCCAAGAAAAGAAGCCAAUAAGUCAUCACAUCAUCGAAGCACACCCAGACGUAGUCAAACGUAUGAAAGAACAAGGUUGGCAUGAGAAGCCUGGAGUCGUGAUUCAUGAGGGUCGAUGGCAAGAUAUUGUUCCCGGUCUCGUGGAAAAGGGCGACCUGUUCGAUGCCAUCUACUUCGACACGUUCGCUGAAGAGUAUAAGGCCCUGCGCGAGUUUUUCACCGAAUAUGUUAUCGGGUUGCUCGAUCCCGCAGGAGGUGCAGAUGGCGAAGGCGGAAAGUUUGGCUUCUUCAAUGGUAUGGGGGCUGAUCGACAGAUUGUGUAUGAUGUGUACACCAAGAUUGUGGAGUUUGAUCUCUUUGAGGCUGGGUUUGAUACGGAAUGGGAGACUGUUCCUGUACCGGACCUUGACGAGAAGGGUGAGUGGGAGGGUGUCAGAAGGAAGUAUUGGGUAUUGAAGGAUUAUAAGCUCCCGACCUGCAGCUUCAUUGGGUGA